UAAAGCAUAUGACGAAGGAGAAACUCCCCGCUCAUCAUCCCACUGUUUUAUCCCGCAUCACUCAUCCGACGUUUUCGCUGCAACUAUGGCUGGUAUCAGUACCUUCCGAAAGGCUCAAAGACCUCAAGGUCCAGCCACCAUCAUGGCCAUCGGGACGGCCAAUCCCCCCAACCUCUACGAGCAGAGUACUUUCCCGGACUUCUACUUCCGGGUCACCAACUCCGACCACAUGCCAGAACUCAAGGACAAGUUCCGCCGCAUCUGUGGCAAGACCAUGAUCAAAAAGCGGUACAUGCACCUCACGGAGGAGGUCCUCAAGCAGAAACCUGGAAUGUGCUCCUACAUGGACCCCUCCUUCGACGAGCGCCAGGAAAUCGUGGUGGAGGAGGUGCCGAGACUCGCCAAGGAAGCCGCCGCCAAGGCCAUCAAAGAGUGGGGCCGCGACAAGUCCGGCAUCACCCACUUGGUCUUCUGCUCCACCAGCGGCAUCGACAUGCCCGGCGCCGACUACCGCCUGGUCAAGCUCCUGGACCUCCCCCUAUCCGUCAACCGCAUCAUGCUCUACAACCAGGCCUGCCACAUCGGUGCCCAGAUGCUCCGCAUCGCCAAGGACAUCGCCGAGAACCACAAGGACGCCCGUGUGCUCGUGGUGGCCUGCGAGCUCAACACGCUCAUCUUCCGAGGCCCAGACGAGCGCGACUUCCUGAGCCUCGCAGGCCAAGCCGCAUUUGCGGAUGGAGCAGCAGCGGUCAUCGUCGGCGCGGAUCCAAUCCAAGGCGUCGAGAAGACCAUCUUCGAGAUGAUGUCUGCGGAACAAGUGACCGUACCCGACUGCGAAAAAGCCGUCGGAGGCCACCUCAAGGAGAUCGGUCUCACCUUCCAUUUCAUGAACCAGCUUCCCAUGCUCAUCUCCAACAACUUGGAGAACUGCCUCCUGGAGGCGUUCAAGCCAUUAGGCAUCACCGACUGGAACGAGGUCUUCUGGGUGUCACACCCGGGAAACUGGGGAAUCAUGGACGCCAUCGAGAAGAAGGUGGGGCUCAAGCAGGAGAAGCUCCGCUCGUCGAGGCAUGUGUUCGGUGAGUACGGGAACAUGAUGAGCGCCACGGUUCUCUUCGUGAUGGACGAUGUGAGGAAGCGGUCGGCGGCGGAGGGGCGGGCGACAACCGGCGAUGGGUUGGAGUGGGGAGUGCUCUGCGGCUUUGGACCGGGCCUCACCAUCGAGACCGUGGUGCUUCGCAGUGUGCCUCUUUAGAUUUCCCAGCAGAAACAGGACUUUUUAUGUACUGUAAAUAAAAAAAAAGGACCUCAAUUACGCUAAAAUGUGUGUGUUCUUAAAAUAAAAAUUAUAGCUCGUAAGUCGCUAGUUUUUUCUUUCGAUUUUUUUGUUAGUAUGUUCAUCGGGUUGCUCAUUACAAAUAAACCUCCACCAUCUAUCACA